AUGUGUUUUAUUUUUUAUUAUCAGUAUCCCUUUUUAGAUAAAAUAUGGAAAUUAUAUGAGGAAUUUAAUAAAACAAUAGAUAAUUCGGACAAUUAUAAAGAUAAUUAUGAUAGAGCGUGCAAAGGAAUUAUGAAACUAGCAAAAAAUAAUGAACAAUGGUACUAUGAUAUAUGUAUAAAACUUUGCAAAAAUUUAGGAAUAUUUUCUUCUGUACAGAAUUCUAAUAUAUAUAAUUCUGAGCGUUGUAAAAGUUUAAACAGCUGGUUAUAUUACAUAAUAAAGAAAUAUGAUGUUCAACAAGAUGCUUUGUCGAUAAUUUUCGAAGUAUCUAAUGGAAUAUUGAAAGAACGUGUUAAGAAACCCUACUGCAGUUACUAUUUAUAUAAGGAUAAAUAUAACGACCCUGAUAAAAUAAUAAAGUUAAUAAAAUUGCAAGAUUAUAUGAAUGACUUUUUAAGUAUAUUAAAGAAUAAGGAUGAUGAAAAUCACUGUUUAUGUCGAAAAUUCAUUUUUGAAUGUGCUAAUAUAUAUAGGGAGAUGAAAGAGAUAUAUUGCUCUGGUCCAACAAGAAACAGUCGCACAAAAUCAGAUACU